UUAUAGUUCAUGAUGUAAGGUUGGGCUACUCUACCAAUCGUUUGUAGCUUAUGUGGCCCUAGAUUAGAUUGAAUGGUUUUCUUAUUUGGACUGGGCUAAACAUGUCUUUGGUCUAAUGCUAUUUCCGCUCUUUUUUCAAUAAUGGCUAUGAAGUUUUAAGAUAUUAAAAGUUUUUUGAAAAAGAAAAAAAAAAAGACCAAUCGAUGAUCUUCCUACUAAGUCUCGCUGGAACAAGACAGUAAUAUAAUAAUAAUAAUAAUAAUAAGAAAUGAGCUCCUCGCCGCAGCGCGCUCGAAGUGAGAGCAACAGCGGUGAUGGUGCUGGGGAGAGGCCAAGGUUCUUCAGCAACAAAGCCAAAAAUAUAUGCUGGGCAAACGCUGAAACAGUACCAGGUAGACACCCUGAGAGGUGGCGCAAAGAUGCAGCUGGCAACAUUGUUUGCAAGCGCCUAGGCAAUUGCCAAGGCUGCCUUUGCUUUCAAUACGAUCACAUCAUUCCUUUCUCUAAAGGAGGUGAAUCUACUGCUGCUAAUUGCCAAAUACUUCAAACAAGGGUCAAUAAUUACAAGGCUGAUGCAGAGGCUGUGGACAAAUCUCAAUUGAAAGGCUACUCCUGUGAUCUCAAGUUCACUGAUAAAGAGCUCGACAUAAUAGAAAUGGCUGUUUAUGGGGAUGUGAUCAGGCCUGGAAACCAAUGUCGUUGCAGAACAGUUGCUGAAAUACUUGGCCAAACCAAGUCAAAAGACCGUGUGGCUGCUUGCAAACUACCGUAUGGUGAUGAAUCGGUAUAGCAUCAAGUAUCAAAGUUCGGCCCGAUAAUUAUCUGAAAUAACUUGGGAUUCUUUUCAUUCAUUAAUCUUACACAGAUCAAAUGACACCUUGAUAUGCAGUUGAAACUUGAAGAUCAUUUGCACUGAUUGUAUUUGAAUCACUUCAAACAUUUAUUCCCAUUGGUGGAAUGUUCUAUAACCAAACCUGUUGAAUGGGACACCUUGCUUGUGUCUUAAUUGUUCUAAUCCAGCCCAUGGUUGCAGACUA